AUGGCGUCCGACGACCGGGUGCUCUGCGCCGUACCGCGCUGCGCCCGCUUCGCCAAGGUCACGGGCCACUGCCUUCGCCACGCCGCCGACCAGCACACUCGCACCGAAGGUCAUCAGCACCAGUCGCUACGAAGAGAGAAGAACCGCGAUCGCAUGUGCUCGGCCGACACGCGGCGCAUUCUGCGCGACCGCCUCCGACGUCGAACUCGACCGAUCUCGUCGCAGUAGCACCUCUUAAUUGAGAACCUUGAGCGUA